AUGGUUCUUUGGACAAGGGUUGUGCAGAAACUGAUUGAGACAAUCAAUAUGGUUAAGUCAGCUCUUAAACCGGGUUUGCUCUAUCUGGUUAGAGAUUUUAAGGGGGUCCAUUUUGCUAUAGAGGCUGCCACAAGGUUAUGUGCUAAGAUUGCGACUCAUAACCAUGGAUGUUAUGUGCUAAAACAAUGCGUUGAAUACUCUGCUGGGGAGCAACGUGAGAAGCUCGUUGAUGAAAUAUCCAGAUACUUUCUCCAUCUUGCACAAGACCCUUUUGGGAACUAUUUGGUCCAAUUCAUAAUAAAGCAGAAGCUGGGAGGAAUAAAUAUUAUAUCUGAAUUUAUAGGGGGUUACGUGAAAUUGGCUACACAGAAGUUUAGUAGUCAUGUAGUGGAGAAAUGUCUUAUAUAUUAUCCAGAGAGUAGAUCUCAGAUCGUGCGAGAGCUUGUAUCUGUUGAAAACUUUGAACAUCUUCUUCAAAACCCUUUCGCUAAUUACGUUAUCCAGUCCGCUCUAUCUAACACAAAGGGCUAUAUUCGGAAGAGUUUGGUUGACAAGUUGCAAAGAUGUGAACACGUUAGGAUGAAUCCACACUGCAGGAAGAUAUUCUUCAAGAGCCACAUCUUGAAGAUGUGA